AUGACUAGUAAUGCGCCUCCCAAGCUGUCCAGUUCAAAUAUCCAAGUUAACGACAACACAUCACAAUGCUUCAAUAGAGUAUCGAGCAUACCGACGCCGUUGAGCCUGCGAGUCUCCGAUUCCCACACGAAUAGAGAUAAUAAACCAAGCCCCUUAGCCCCAAAACCGCCAGAUGCCUGCAAAGAAGAGCAACCCGAUAUCCGUUGGUUCGACGGUGCAUGGCCUUGCCAAAGUCCACACCAGGUAUGGUCGCUAGAUGGAGCGUUGUUACAGAAGGAAGAGUCAUCUCAACCACCGGGAUCCUCACUCAAAUAUAUGUCAGGUACGACGAUUGGGAGUGAAUAUCCUUCGAAUCCUGACACGCUCUCUUUUGACAUAUUCGAGCAAUAUUCGGGUUGGCCCCAAUCAGAUAGCAGAACAUGCAUCACUUCAUCAAACCCCAAUAAAAGGCCCGCCAAGCGAGGUGAGGGUAGUGAAGCGCCCCAGAAAAGGAGCCGCACAUCCGAACAUGACGAAAACGCUGGUGAAGUCAAUGAGGACGGUGAUCACCGCAUGGGCGGUGAUGAUGCCGAUAAUAGGAGAGGACAGACAUUUGCAUGUCCUUACUACAGGAUUGACCCUGAGCGUUUUCUGGAGUGCAUCAAUCUCAGAAUGCCCCGUAUUUCAGACGUCAAGCAACAUCUCAAAAGAAGACAUACAGCUCGUUACUAUUGCCUAAGGUGCUCUAAGGGGUUCUCAUCACAAAAGGUCUACGAGGACCAUAUUCGACAAGCGAAUUGCUCCAGGGUCUCGGCGGCGAAUCUUGAAUGCGUCUCGCCCGCUGCACAAGAAGCCAUCAAGGUUCGCUUCGAGAGGAGUCUAUCAUCGAAAGACCAGUGGAACAAAAUCUGGGAGGUUCUGUUUGGGAAACGGAAUCCUACAGUGAACCCCUAUCUAGACAAUAUUUUCAAGGAAGUUACUGGGAUAAUCCGUGGCGUUUGGAAGAAAGAGGGGGACCAAAUCAUCUCCAGUUCUAUAAAAGGAAGAGAGUUACCCAGUUGCAGUGACCAGCUUCACUCACUACUACUCGAGUUUCUUAACAAGGUUGAAACUCGUUUCGAGCAGAAACCUCCGGAAACAAAUUCAAGAGAAUCACCCCUGCAUUUCGAUAUUUCCCUCGUACAAGAUAUGGUUGGAGCAAACUUGGAACCCAUCCUUCUUCCUGCAGCUGAGCAUCCCUCCUCAAGCGAUGACGUUUUCUCGUCUUACGCUAUUUCCUCUGAAACGUCGAAUUUGCCUGUUAACUUCUCGAGAGUAGGGUCUGAAGGUACUCUUCAGUCAAUUAAGAAGUUGUUCACCUUCCCACUCGGAACCUCGAUGCAGCAGGUCGAAUACCCUCACAUGGAUUUUUCAACAACAGAUCUGCAACUGCCUGGUGAAACGGAACCAUGGAAUUUCGUCGACUCUCUCCGUGAUGAUUCGGCGGACACGUCUUUGCCAUUCUUUCAUUUAACCGAAGACCCGCAAGUCCUGGAGGGUGAACCUCAUCUCAACAUCCCAAACAAUUAG